AUGCAACUCAGCCUCCUGUGCAGCCUGGCUCUAUUAUCCUGGAUCACCUUGACUGCCUGUUGGAUGAUGUGGGUGAACAACUGCCUUCCAAUAAUGAUGUAUUGCCUGCAACACCUUCUAAACCUUGGAAAAGUCAGGGUGGAACAAUGGAAUGGAACAUUCUUUGAGGAAUUGUCCCUGCAGCUGGCCAGUUUGGUACUGCAUGUUGGGCAUGGUGGGAAGCACUGCCCAGCCAGUGGUUGUUCAAAUGAUGAAGUCACAACUGAGGAGGAAGAUGAUUGGGAGGGUGUGGAUCAAGAUGGUUGUCCACCAAAUCUGCAGGCCCCAAAGAACCAAAGCUGUCUAAUUGUCGUGCACACCAAUGGAAUACACUACUGCAAUGUGCAGUAUUGUAGAUGCCCUGGGGCAGAGGAUUCACACAUACAGCUGAUGUGGGCUGGGAUGUUUCCUGCUACCACAAAGGCCCCAAGGACUGCAUUUACCUUCCAAGUACUUGAUGACUUUGUUUGGGACAAUGUGGAAUGUGGUACCUCAGUGAUGAAUUUCUACAGCAAACUUUGCUGCAUAACCUCCAAUGCCUUUCCUCAUCUGGUGCCAGAUAGGUACAGGGAACUGCUGAGAGUUGCUAGGAUGUGGUGGCUCCUGAAACUAUUGAAAUGGCAGGGAUCCCACACAAGCACAGAAGAUGCCAGCCCUGGGGAAUUAGUGUUAUUCUGUCCAGCAUGUCCCCAACCUGGCAUCAACAUUCCUGAAGAUGCAAUGGAUUAUUCCCAUUGGACACUGGCAAGAAGCUUGGUCAUGGAUGGGAAUUUCAAGGCAGAGCAUAUGCAUCCAAAGGAGGCUGGCAGCACAGCUUGGAUGAUGGAUGGAAAGGGGUACAUGGUUGCAUCACAGCCAUACAAGGAAUAUUUGAGCAGCACUAAAAAUGUGGUUGAGAUCUCAGAUUGCAGCAAUCAUCAAGCAGUUAAUCAAGCAAAUGCCAACCAGCAGCAGCUUGCAUCUAUGGGAAUAGGUGGAUGUGCCUGUGUGCAGCAUGGCUGUUUUGUGCUGCAUGCAAUGGUCAACUUCCAGAAGGGCAAACAGCAGGUUAACAUGGACUAUGUGCUUGUGCAUGCUGUCAGGCAUGGCACAGUCCCUGGCCAGCAAAUGGCAUGCAGAUCUGCCCUGGCAUUGGGUUGUGGCAUGUUCAUGGCCACUGCACAGAAUGCUUUCCAUGAUAUGCUCCCAAUUUCAUUAGGCAUGGCUACUCCCCAUCAGCAGGAGGUACUUGAUUUCCAAAUGAAUGAUAGCAAUUUCCUGAAAAUGGUCAGAAUGUCAAUAAGACUCAAGUGGAAACUCAAGGUUGCUGAGGAAUCUUAUUUAGUGGUCGAAGGCAGGUUUGCUGAUUUGAAUGGUAAUGUCCCACUGGCAAUCAGCCAAUCAUGGGGGGAAGAGGCAGCAGUGGCAUUGGACAACAGGCUGUCAAGGCUGCAGGCCAUGGAUAUAUAUGAGGUCAGGCUGCAGAAAGGAUUUGUGCUGAGUGGUAUUGAAGCUCCCUCUGCAAAGGCAAUUGAGAUAGAUUUACUGGCCAUCCCCCAGCCAGGGCAUUUGCAGGGUAUGGUGACCUGGAUUGUGAAGGCAUUGAAGAUAGAGGAAACACAAAUCCAGCUUGCAGUGGCAUGCCAGCACAUCACCUCAAGAUCAACAGAAGCUCAAUAUCUCACCAUUGCACAUUGCCAUGAUCAUCUCCAGUCCCAUAUACAUGGCAUUUGCAACACUGCCAAAACACUAUUUGGAGACAGAUUUGAGGGUGCCAAGCUGUGCCAGUCAUCUCACCUGCAUGAUCCAGAAACCAUUGCAUUGCUGCUGCCAUCCAAUCUGCAACUGCAGCAAGGACAGGCCAAUGAUUGCCUUCAUGAACUGCAGCUUGUGCAUGCAGAGAAGGUGGUCAUCUUUCAAACCAACAUUUGCCAUGGAAGUAAUUACUACAUGGCCAUGCAUGCCUGGGGAAGGGUGGCCAAUGCCAAAGCAGCCAUGCAAUGUCAUGCUGCUGUGUACUGCCAGUGCCACAUUCAAAUGGGCAGGUUAGGGGCUGGGCCAGAUAUCCUGGAGCAAUACAAAGAGUUGAAUGACUCCAACCUAACUAUCUGCACAGCAGUAUCUGACCCAAAUGCCAGAGGUCACAGAGAUGAUACCCUACCUUGGAUCUGGACCAUGGAUGUACCCAGGGACAUGGCUGCUAAUGAUUGGAUGUCAGAAUGUGAAAGGGGCAAUCACAUGGCAGCUGCAUCUGAGAUUUACUUAUCAUUUUCUCUAGUGUACAGGGUCAAUUGGCUCCAGAUGAGAGCACUGUGGGACAGAUGGAAGGAGGAGGUUCAGCUGUUGAAAUGCGAGCAGGAGUGGACUAAAAACUUCUUUGAAAGCAAGUUGAAUGCAAGAUGCAUGCCACCAUGCAAAGUCAUGGGAAAGUUGGCCAAGGCUUAUAUAUACAUGGGAAUGAGAUUUCAUUGCCUUGUCACCACCAUGAAGAAGCUGGAUUGGUCUGAAUACUGGCAUACUAGUUGGUAUCAACAUUUCCUGGCAGAAGUGCCAACAGGCUGUUAA